UUUUCGAAAAAUGUUUUAAUUGCUUACAGUAUUUGUGAGUGCUUGUAAAUUUUUAAUUUUGUUAAUUUUUAUAUUCAUGUACUGAAUUUAAUGUGUAUUCUAAGACCAGUGCACACAAAUUUUUUUGGAAAUGAUGGCUGAAGAUUUAGACGUGGAAGCUAUGUUAGAAGCACCAUACCAGAAAGGGGACCAAGACACAAAUAAAGAAAAAAUAGCAAAAGAAAAUGGAUCCUUCAGGAAAACAGGAAAAAACAAGCACAGGUCCCACUCUCGAUCUCGCUCCAGAGAUCGCCGAGACAAGGAUCGUCGAGAACGUGAUAAGGAUCGGGAACGAGACAGGGACCGCGAUCGAGAUAAAGAUCGUGACCGUAGGCGUCAAUCAAGAUCUAGAGAAAAGCGUGAUCGGGAUAAAGAUGGAGAUAAAGAACGAGAAAAGCGUGAUCGUGAUCGAGAUAAGAAAAGAAGAAGAUCUCUCACGCCGAUAACUCUUUCAAGGGCUAGGCCUUUCAGCAAAGGAGUUAGUCCUCUGAAUGUUCGGACUGAUGAGUUAACACCAGAAGAAAGAGAUGCACGUACAGUAUUUUGUAUGCAAUUGAGUCAACGAAUUCGAGCACGAGAUUUAGAGGAAUUUUUUUCAAGUGUUGGAAAGGUUCAGGAUGUUCGCUUGAUUACAUGUAAUAAAACACGUCGAUUUAAAGGAAUUGCUUACGUUGAAUUUAAGGACCCUGAAAGCGUAACACUA